AUGACUGAAGCCAAACAAGAUUUAAUAGAAUUAUCAACAAAUCCUUUAGAUGAAUGGAUAAAUACACAUUAUGAUGAAUUGUGUGCAGGUAUGACGUGUAAAAAUGCUCUAUGCUGCAAACCAUCAGACAUGAAAGACAAAAACUUUCAAAUGAGCAUUAAAGAUAAAUGUGAAAGGAAACAGAGAAGAAUAGAUGGUAAACAAACAUGGUGUUAUGUUUUGAAAGAAGAAAUGAAAGGAUUAUAUAAACAGGUUGAACCAAACGAUAAUGAGGAUUCAUUUACUGACGAUGAAAUACCUGUAAAUGAGCCGCUAAGCGGCGAGACCUGA